AUAACAAAGCUGAUAUGUAUCCUUCCCUAAUACAUGUGCUGCUUGAAGUCCAGCUAUCAUGCACGAAACUUUAAAAGAAACUAUGACUGUUUUAGUCCCGGACGUUCAAUUAGUUAAUAAAAAGCAAUUAGUGAACAUUUGAAUUGUUAUGACUAUGCGCACUGCUCACAGAACCCCCUUUUAUUCGUGGCCGAUAAUUUGAACUGAACUGCUCUAGGGAAGUGCCAGCGAAGACCAUCUUUUUUUUUUUCUUCUUUUUUUUUUCUAAUUUCACACUCCAUUCAUACAUAAACACAGCAUGAUUAUUUCGCCUGUGAAAUUUGGCAACUGACUAAAGGGUAACCGGACUCGGCAGGCCGCCGCUCUUAAUGUUUUCUUUUUUUUAUGACCUAGGGCUACAGAGCAUACACACCUUUUUAUUUUAUUUCUGACAGGUGAUAUUACACUUAACCCCGUGCACUCGAUUCAGUAAGUAUAGCACUCUUGUAUUCAACCACGUGGACUAACUUGUUUGUAAAGCAACGGUUAUAUAUCUAUGUUUUGUUCAAGUGCGCGCUUUGUUGGAUGGCACUCGUGAACUUAGUGGAUUUCAAAACUCCCGCGCGAUCGCCACGAGUGAUUCGGUACCUUAGAUGGCACCCAAAGAUUGGAAUAAAUAUGUACGCAGAAAUUAUGCGCAAGACGAUUAAAAGGCUGUUAUAUGUGGAACGAAAACCUUGCAUUAGCACAUGACGUGGAUAACGGCGAUAACAGCACAAAGCGCGGCACGACGCUUCUUGUUUGAAAAUGGCGGCGGACGAAGACAUGGAGCUUCGAGACUUGCUGCUCGAAACACUUGAAAAUAAAGGGGUCAUCAACCGAAUAAAGGCUGAGCUGCGGGCCAGCGUGUAUCUGGCCCUCGACGAACAGGAAGGCAUCAAGCCUUUCGAGAAACCGGCCGACGAGUCGAGUGUCCUUGCCACUGAUGAGGGUCGGCUGGCGGCCUCACUUGUGCACGACUUCCUGCUCUCUUGCAACCUCAAGUUCACCCUCAGUGUCCUGGAACCUGAGGCACCGUUGGCAGAGCCACUCAGCCGAGGGGAGCUGUGCAGUCGACUUGGGCUGGAGCAGCGGAAGGGUCCAUUGCUCUUACAGCUCCUUCAUCCUCUACACCCACCAGCAACGUCAGAGAGUCCCGAAGCAAGCGAUUCCAAAGUCAGGCCGCCUGAACCAGUGACGCAGAACAAGGCCGCUGAUACCAUUCCAGCAAAGGAUGCACCUCCAGAGUUUGCACUAGAUGGCACUUCCCGUGGAGGCAGCCGGCUUCCUCCUCUCUCGGGUCCCAAGGUGCUCCCCAGUCUAGAACCACAAGUGCCUCAUCCUGAAGCAGAGUCACAUUCGCUGCAGAGUACGGCCUCCCGGAAGACUGACCACAGUGGCUCGGAGGAGAGCGUCGAGGAGGAGCUCUCUCGCAUGGAUGACAGCAGCCUGUCCACCACGGCUGAUGAUCGCACAUUCGAUCUGACAGUUUCCCGGGCAAGCGACGUGGAGGGCUGUGACUACGCUGAGCCAGCCCACUGACGGCGCUGGUUGGGACUGCUGCUUGCUUGCCAGAGAGCAGUGUUUGGUCCUCAUGGGUUGCACCCAAGUUUCAUGCUUUCUCUCAUGUGCACCACAAGAACUAUUUAGUAGGAAUGUAUGUGCUCUGUGUUGCGUAAAAAAGUUGCAAGAUUUCACACUUGGCUGCAGUGGUCUUACAUCGCUAGGACUUUCGUCAACUGACCAAUUGCCUUUGCAGCAACCUGUUUGUAUCUGCACUAUUUCAAAAAGUUGCUUGUGGUUGAAGCUGGUGCUGAUUAAAUAGUUUCAACUUAUUG